AUGGAAAUUGAUCCGUACGUGAAGGUGUACUUGCUGUGCCAAGGGAAGCGCAUCAAGAAGAAGAAGACGACCGUGAAGAAGUCAACCCUGCACCCCGUCUACAACGAGGCGCUGGUGUUCGACGUCCCGGCCGAGAACGUGGAGGACGUCAGUCUCAUCGUCAAGGUCAUAGACUACGACAGGAUCGGCCACAACGAGCUGAUGGGCUGCACCGCCGUGGGCUCCAGCUUCAUCGGCGUGGGGCGCGACCACUGGCUGGAGAUGCUGGACAACCCGCGCAAGCCCGUGGCGCAGUGGUACCCGCUGCUGGAGGGGGUGCCGGGGCAGAUCCCCGCCGCGCCGUCCCCGCCGCUGCCCGUCAGCCUGAGCUGCCUCAACGGCAGGUGAAGCAACGUGUUCACGGCGUGCUGGCGCCAGGAGGAUCAGCCGGUGAAGCCAAGUCCACGAGUCGCUGAGGCAGCGGCGGAGUGAGACCACCGCAGCCGACAACCCCCUUCUUGUCACGUCCCGGCGGCCCGCGGACCAGAGCCGCCCCCCGCCCCUUCUUUGCUCUCCCCCCCCCCCCCCUCGCCGACACGCGCGGUCUUCUCGCAAGUUGACGGUUGGACGCGCGGUGCGCCGUGCGAGAGAGUGUAGGAUCGUCCGCGAGCGGAAUGUGUCGACAAUAUUCAACUAACUGUACAUAGCGUUUCUCGUUUAGUCAACAACUUGAACUCUGCGUUUGAAUUUAAAAAUUUUAAAAAAAAAAACCGUCACUUAUCACGUGAAAUUAAUAUACCUCGUAACAUUAUUUACUUCUUUGUAUUUAUUGAUCUCUUUUUUUCACACCAGUCUAUAACUAGUGAAAAUUUUCUUUCUUAUCGUUUAUAUUUCUAACUAGCUGCAUACCCCUCCCCCCCCCCCCCAAAAAAAAAGAAGUUUAAGAAAUUCCAAAUAUUCGUAAAAAAAAAUAUUUUGUUGCAGUUUGUGAUUACUUUACAAUAUUUAUGAUUCCUUAGACGGUACAUACCUUAUAUCUCCGUGAAAAAUAAACUGAAUGAGUAUUCACGAUUGUAGCACAUACAGGUCAAAUUCUGUUAUAUUUACUUUUGAAAAUCCAGACUAUUUUGGAAAUAUUUAUAUAAGCUUUUUCAGCUGUUCAUUAAAUUUUACUUACGUGCCAUUUUUGCAUAUUACUUCAGCAUGAUGCAAAUAUAUUUGGUUCAAAAUAAUGUUCCAGUCAUUUUUUUUAAAUUUAAUUUAUUGAAAUUUCUCAAAAAAAUACGAAAUAAUCUAAGCUCAAAUUUAAUAUCUAUGUAUAUAUUUCUAUUUACAAGCAAAUACUAGUUUUGUCAUAUAAUUUUCAAUUAAAUGGCAAUUCCGACUAUUAAAAUUCCUCUGGUAAAUAAAACAAACUAUUUACCUUUGAAUAAGAUCUUGUUUUGAAAAAAAAAAUAUUGUUCUUAUUUUAAGUAUAACUGUGUCAAAAAUAUUUAUGAUGUAAGUUCUUGCCUUGAAUAAUGAAAUAAAAUUUUCUUAACAAAU